ACAGAAUAUGUGCCGUUGGCUCCUCCCAGUGGGCGGAGUCUGUGCUGUUCAAUCAUCCUCACAGACUCAGUUUCUGCUCCUCAUCCUCACCAGAACCGUCCUGCUGCUGCUGCUGGGAGAGACUCUGAGCUGCGCCGAGGUGAAGAUGAAGCGCUCCCUGGUGAUCUGCCUGCUGGUCUGCUCCUCUCUGGUUGGACUCGGGUCCGCCAUCCGCUGCUACAGCUGUAAGGACUACACCGCCAGCUGCACCAAGCAGCGAGACUGUAGCUACGACGACGCCUGCCUCACGCUCGUCGAGAGAGGUGGGAUGACCUACAGGAAGUGUCUGAAGUACACAGAGUGUGAGCGGAGCCGCCUGGCCCAGAUGUUCCCCCAGGUGUCCAGCUUCACCUUCAGGUGCUGCAACUCCGACCUGUGUAACUCCGCCCCCUCGUCUGCAGCGGGCUCUGUGAUUGGCCUGCUGGCCUCCGUGCUGGUCAUGUGGUGGUGUGUCCACUGAGCGCUCCGCGGCGCCCCCUGCAGUCAGCUUGUGUAACAGCCUCAUCGACGUGUCAGUGUGGAUCUAACCAUCGCUAACAGGAGGAUACAGCGCCCCCUGCAGGUGCAGGCUGAGCCAGGCGGCGCCGCAGCGCCCCCUGGAGUCAGAGUUGAUCAGACUGAUGAGUCGACAGGAAGCUGAUGGAGGAUGAACUGAUCGCAUUAAUCAAUAAUCACAUCUGUAUUGAUCUGCUUAACUCCACUCUAACUAUGUAGAAAUGUUUGUUUCCAGGAAGUUCUGGAGGUUCUGGUUCUGUAACUGAUGUCGUCACUGACCUGAAAACAGCUUCAAACCAAUAAAAGAGUCAAAAGAAA